AAUUAAUAGAAAUGACAACAAAGAUAAAAUAAGCUUAUAAAAUUAUUUUAUAUAUCUGUGCGGAGACAUGAAAUUAUAUCAAACACGGGUUUAUGUCGAUUCUGAUAGCCGUUAAUAAUCAACAAGCUUUCUUACACAUAAGCAUUGACUAACUCGUAAUGGCACCCACUAAGUUUGGUGUCAACUGUCAAUAUUUUCCGAGAUCUAAAAAUAUCAGGUGGGGAAAUGACUGAUAUCGAUAAAAUGGUUGAUUGAAAAAUGUCAUGGAUAUCGCAUAUCGCAGUAUUUAUCUGUUUAAUAUAUAACCUGUACAUUCAACACGAUCCGUUUAGUAGUAAUUUAUUAGUAGUGCAGUACGUAUUUACUUUGUUAUUAAUUUAAAAAUGGAUUUAAAUAAAAUGCAAAAUGAAUUUAAUAAAGCAAUUUCAUUAAUAAUUGAUGCUAAACGUGAUGACAACAAAUCGUGGGUCGAGGGAGUCGAAGAAAAUGUACCGUGUACUAGUAACUUGGAACAAGUGACUAGUGACAUAGAACUUGUUGAUCAACGAAAACAAAAUAUACUUGAUGCACGUCAAUCAUCUGCUCACAAUUUAGAAAAACAGGCACUAAAAAUGGUUAAAACAUCCAAUAGAAAAUAUGAUGAACUUAGUGUUGGAACUACAGUACGUCUGAGUAUUCCAGAUGUAGAUCGUGCUCGUGGAUCACCAAGAAAUGUAUUAGCGGUUGUAACAGAAGUUAAGGACGAUUUAUACAAGCUAUGCACUGAAAGUGGAUUUUUAAAACAUAUGUACACGAGAUCAGAAAUAAAUCCUUGCAAAGCAAAUUUAUUGGAUCUAAGUACUGUUUUAAAAUCGGCAGGUCAAUCAGAAAAACCGUUAUCACUUCGGGAGGCAGCUACUGUAAAUAGUAUUUCAGGGGCACAAGGAUAUACCCGAUGUCAAUGUAAGACAAAAUGCAAGACGAACAGGUGUGCUUGCAGAUCGGCAUCUAGAAUUUGUAAUUCUAAAUGUCAUGGAAGUUUGCCAUGUGAAAAUAAAAAUGAGUAACUACGUUGCAAAUCAUAAAACAAUGUGAAAAAGCUUAAAUUACAUAAAUUAAAA